AUGGAUCUAUAUUUCUCCUCAGAGAAAUUGCAGAAUGAGAAUGAAGAAGAAGGUGGCAACGAGGAAGAAGAUUGUGACACUGCUGAAGAACAAGAGGGUGGUUCUGAGGAAGAAGAUUGUGACACUGAUGAUGAACAACAGGGUGGCAAUGAGGAAGAAGAUUGUGACAGUGCUGAUGAACAGGGUGGCAAUCAGAUGACACUUCAGAGUACAAGCAACCUACAGAUGAGGACAGUUCUGCAGAGGAUGAAUCAGCUUAGAGAAAUCAAAGAGAAAGCUUUGGUGGUCGCAGAAGUUCCCAACUUAGAAAACCCAGGAAGUCCAAUAUGUGAUUCAAGUGAUGAGUACUCAUAUGAGGAGAACAGUGAAGGAGAAACAGAGAGGUGCAGCAGGCAGUAUAAGAAAGCCCUGAUCAAGUAUGGACUCAAGACACAUAGGCAUCUCAAUUUCAUCAAGGAUGAGAAGACUAGGGUCAGAGCUAUUUGUACUUGGACUAGUUGCAAUUGGCUCAUAUAUGGAUCAAAGACUAGCAGAUCAGAGUGGUUCAAGGUUGUCAGAUUUGAUGAUGUCCACACCUGCCCACCUAGGAGGGAUAACAAACUGGUGACUUCCACAAGGAUAGCCAAGCACUACUACAAUCAGAUAAGGGAUAACCCAACUUGGAAGGUGGACCUCAUCAAGCAAGCUGUGCUGAAAGACUUCCUUGAUGAUGUGUCCUUAUCCAAGUACGAGAGGGCCAAGUCUUUAGUACUUAAUGCUGCUUUGGAUUCUAUGAAGGGAGAAUACACAAGAGCCUAUGACUACAAAGCUGAGUUACUGAGGAGCAACCCAGGUUCAACAGUUGUAGUAUGCCUUAAUGCAGAAUUUGAAGACAGGAAAGUAUUUGAGAGAUUUUAUUGCUGCUUUGAUGCUUGGUUGGGUAAUCAGCUGUCUAGCAGUAAAGAGAAGAAGUAA